GGGACUGGCGCAGGCGUGAGAGGAUGUGGGCCAGGAAGAGGCGCGGGGAAGGGAAAGGGGCCUGCGGAGCCGCACGUCCAGACGCCAGGGGGCCAGAUCCGGCCCCUCGGCCGCCGUGCCCGCCUCUCCCUCCGCCCCUGCCGCCGCCCCGCCGGGACCCGUUAGUCGGCGGAGCUGCUGCCAUGGGCCGGACGCGGGCCGGGGAACGCGGGCAGCCCGGCUCCGGCCCCAGCGGCCCUGCAGUCCCCGCCUCGCCGCCCCGCCGCCGCGCGCGCGCCCUGGCGCUGCUCGGAGCCCUGCUGGCCGCCGUGCUCGCCGCCGUCGCCGCCCGGGUCUACACCCACUUCGUCCAGGCCCAGGCGGCCGCGCAGCAGGAAUCUGCGCUGAAGGCCCUGGGCACAGAAGGCCUGUUUCUCUUCUCUUCACUGGACACUGACCAGGAUAUGCGCCUCAGUCCCGAAGAGUUCAAACCCAUCGCAGAGAAGCUGACAGGGUCAACACUCACAGCCAGCUAUGAGGAGGAGGAGCUGCCCCUCAACCCCAGUGAAGAGACCCUCACCAUAGAAGCCCGAUUCCAGCCUCUGCUCCCGGAGACCAUGACGAAGAGCAAAGAUGGGUUCCUAGGGGUCUCCCGCCUCGCCCUAUCUGGCCUCCGCAACUGGACGACUGCAGCUUCACCCAGCGCAGUGUUCGCUGCCCGCCACUUCCGGCCCUUCCUUCCCCCUCAAGGCCAGGAGCUGGGCGAGCCGUGGUGGAUCAUCCCCAGUGAGCUGAGUGUCUUCACCGGGUAUUUGUCUAACAACCGCUUCUACCCGCCACCGCCCAAGGGCAAGGAGGUCAUCAUCCACCGGCUCCUGAGCAUGUUCCACCCUCGGCCCUUCGUGAAGACCCGCUUUGCACCUCAGGGGGCUGUGGCCUGCCUUACCGCUGUCAGCGACUCCUACUACACUGUGAUGUUCCGGAUCCACGCCGAGUUCCAGCUCAGCGAGCCCCCUGACUUCCCCUUCUGGUUCUCCCCGGGCCAGUUCACUGGCCACAUCAUCCUGUCAAAAGAUGCUACCCACAUCCGCGACUUCCGGCUCUUCGUGCCCAAUCACAGGUCUCUGAAUGUGGACAUGGAGUGGCUAUACGGGGCCAGUGAGAGCAGCAGCAUGGAGGUGGACAUCGGCUACAUACCCCAGAUGGAGCUGGAGGCUACAGGACCCUCUGUGCCCUCUGUGAUCCUGGAUGAAGAUGGCAAUAUGAUUGACAGUCGCCUGCCCUCGGGGGAGCCCCUCCAGUUUGUGUUUGAGGAGAUCAGGUGGCAGCAGGAGCUGAGCUGGGAGGAGGCUGCCCGGCGCCUGGAAGUGGCCAUGUAUCCGUUCAAGAAGGUCACCUACCUGCCAUUCAUUGAGGCCUUCGACCGAGCCAAGGCCGAAAACAAGCUGGUGCACUCGAUCCUGCUGUGGGGGGCCCUGGACGACCAGUCCUGCUGAGGUUCGGGGCGGACUCUCCGGGAGACUGUCCUGGAAAGUUCGCCCAUCCUCACCCUUCUCAAUGAGAGCUUCAUCAGCACUUGGUCCCUAGUGAAGGAGCUGGAGGACCUGCAGAGCAACCAGGAGAACCCGUCCCUCCGGCAGCUGGCAGGCCUGCACCUGGAGAAGUACAGCUUCCCCGUGGAGAUGAUGAUCUGCCUGCCCAAUGGCACUGUGGUCCAUCACAUCAACGCCAACUACUUCCUGGACAUCACCUCCAUGAAGCCUGAGGACAUCAAAGACAACAUCUUCAGCUUCUCGUCCACCUUUGAAGACCCGUCCACAGCCACUUACAUGCAGUUCCUAAAGGAGGGACUCCGGCGUGGCCUGCCGCUACUUGAGUCCUAGUAUGUCACCAGGCCACUGGGCUCGGGGCUGGAUGGUCCUCCGCCAUCUCAGACUGGAGCAGCUCCUGAUGCCUCCUCACCCUUAGCUGCCUUGCGGGAUCCAAGGUCAACUGAGGGUGGUCACCCUGCUCUGCCUCAAUGAUUGGAGGCUGACAGAAAGGGCUUGGACUGAUGGAGGAUAAACCGUGAGCUCUGUGGCCUCCAAGUCCUUCCCUACUCAGCUGGCUCUGACUUUAACUCUUUCUAGAAGGAAGCAUUAAGGAAGCAACCAGGGGGCCCAGGGGCCCAGCAGCUCUUCCGUCUACAUAGAGCCAUUCUUGCUAACCAUACCCCAGCUGCACUCCUCUGUCUGGUGCCCCCAACCAGGGUCAAUCGCAGCGGGUGACAGCCUUCUGAGGCCUGUGUGCAGAGCAGCUGCUCAUUGGGCCUUGUGCUGGAUGGGGUGCCCCUGUUUGGGGGCCUGGGAAGUCUUCCAGAAUGUAGGCUUCUGCCAUAAGGAAGAAUGGGCCCUGAGGGCCAGGGCCAAGGUUCUCAAGCCACCUGCCCUAGCAGAGGUCAUAGUAGGACUGUGGGAGCCAGAGCAUCCUGACACCUCCUUCUCCUCAGUCCCUCCCUCCAUGGAAGUACAGCGCGGCCAAAGAACAGCCUGUACCAGAGCCAGCACUGUCCCCGCCACCAGGGGCACCCCAGACCAGCUUGUCCACCACGGGACACCUGCCAACUCUCUUUGGCCACUCUUGGGGCCUUCAUCCAUGUCCUGAGCCACUGACCACAGCCAGUCUCUUUUUUAUACAUGCAGAAAUGCGUUUUUAUGUGAACUUUCUCAAGGUUUGUAGGUAUAUUUUUAUAGCCGCAGUACUGAGGAGAAAGAAGAGAAUAAUGAUUCCCUGAGCAGCAGCCCCAUGAUGGCUGGAUCCGAAAUCCUAGAUGGAUCUAGCUUGAUGCCUUUGCAGUUGCACUUAUGGGAAGCAGUAGUCUCUCUUCCAUCUCCUUCUAGAUUUUUAAAAACAGUUUUCAGAGAAUGAGUGUACCAUACCCCCAGCUCUACCCUGACCACAUAGGCCCAGAAGGUAUCUUUGGGCUUUUCCCGUGAAAGCCUUGAAGUUGGCCUGUCCUUCACAUGCCUGACUCUUCCCCAUCCCUUCACCUUAAACCUGACAGAGGAAGAGGGCAGACUUGUCCCUGCAUCUACUGCAUCCCCCAGCCAUCCUGGGUGUCCCCACGUGCAGUCUGCCUUGGCUAGUUCAUUGAAUACUAAGUAUAACAAUAGCAGGUUCCCAAGAGCCUUCUGUGCCUCGGGCGUUUUGCUAAAAUAACAAGUAGUUUCUCAUUUAAUCCCAACAAACUUGUGAAGUAGGUGACUAUUUCCAUUUUGCAAGUAAAGAAAUGAGUCUUAGGGAGACAAAGUGACCAAGGUCACUCAGAGUGCUAGGGCUGAGAAUCAAACUCAUAUGUAACACCCAGGCCUGUGUCUUGUUUGGGGGUGUUUUAUUUGGCAUCACACCCCCACCUCUCUCCUUGUCUGUUUUCUCUAAGGUGGAAAUCAUGCCUCAUUGCCCUCUGAGCUCCAUACGACCUGAGCCCUUGAGUUCAGUCAUUCUUUGUGCCCUGGGAGAUGGAACUUCCUGUCCCUUACAGGGAAAGAGGCCACCAAAGUCUGUCUCAGUGCCUCUACUAUGGGGCUGGAGCCUCCCAGCCUCCCUGCUCCUGGAGGACUGGCUCCACAUCAGUCAGUCCUGGGCCACAGUAAAGCCCUGACUACUGAGCUUUCUGAAUCUUCAUCUGAUGCCUCUGCCCAUCCCCAGCCAGGGAACAGUCCCCAGCUGCUCUUUGGUCACGUCUCUGCCACUUCCUUCCCCCCAAUUCUUAACAUGUCCUAUAAUAAAAUUGGAGAGACUA